GGAGUUUUGUUUUGAGUUAGGAGGGGAAUGGGCUGUCGAGGAGCUGUUCUUAGAUCUCUUCUUUUCGUCCUUUCAUCGGUAGUUGCCUCCUACAAGGUCCAGGUCCCAUCAGAACCUUUGGUGGCAGUUAGGGGCAGUUAUGCAGUUCUCUGCUGCUCCUAUCCUCCUAUGGCCCAACCCGGGAUUCCACCAGGAUUGCUGGUCACAUGGCAGCGGGUCGAAGACUCCAGGGUGGUUCACAGCUUCUACUACGGCCAGAACCAGCUGAGUCGGCAGAGCGCCGAUUUCAAGAAUCGGACCGGACUCUAUGUGUCCGAACUGUGGUCAGGGAACGCCUCCCUGAGAAUCACAGAUGUCCGAGCGCAGGAUGCCGGACGGUACCUUUGCACAGUUAGUGAUGCCAGGGGGACUGAUAGAGCCGAAAUGAAGGUGGAGUAUGCAGCAUACUACUCCGAGCCGCAGCUGAGCAUUGAAGUGGGGCUCCACAACACAAGUGUCCGGUUUGAAAGUGACGGGUUUCCUAAAGCAGAGGUCCAGUGGCUGGGGCCACAGGAACAAGAGCUAGAACAUCAGUCUGAAUUCAUAUACAGGAACGGUGUCUUUUAUCUAAGAACCUUUUAUGUGGUUCAGGACCAGGGAGUAAAUGCCAGCCUUACCUUCAGACUGUCUAAUCACCUUCUGGAUCAACUACUGGUGAGGAGAGUCCACUUCAGUCAGGGGCAAGGCACCACCAACACCAGGAAGGACAACAGCACUGUCACUGCGCUCUCCUGCACUUGUGUCAUCCUUGGCCUUGUGUGCGCGGCCCUGCUGUUUCACAAUUAUAGAAAUCACAGAAAACAUACAAAAUCACAGCCUGGGUCAGGACACAAAGAUGUUUACAAUUUGGAACAGUAUGGGGCGGAAUAA